AUGGCAAACACCGAACCCACCGAAUACACGCUGACGCCAGAGCUGUACGUUAACGUAACUGCGGCGAAUUGGUUUUCGCUCUCUGCCGAUGUGCUGCGCUCCGUUCAAGGGUCGUUCCCGAGCGGCCCGACCGAGGACCAGCAGUUCUUGGACCUUGGUUGCGGCCCCGGGAACAUCACGCGCGACGUGCUGCUGCCCCAACGUCCACCGUGCCGAAGGCUCGUCGCCGUCGACAUGUCGGGGGACAUGCUGAAAUAUGCGAGGGAGCAUUUCUCCCACCCUAAGAUCUUCUACGACACCUUCAACGUUAUGUCGGACGACCUGUCUGAAUUCGUGGGGCGGUACGGCCUCUUCGACCGCGUCUACGCGCUCCACCUCCUCAACUGGCUGAAGGACCAGGAGCAGGCGCUCAAGAACAUCGCCAAGCUGAUGAAGCCGGGAGAGAGGCGUUUUUUAGUUUCAGCGCCAGCACCCCGCAGAUGA